AGGACUCUGCACAACCCCAAUUUAGUGUGUGCGGUUGGAGAAGGGCCCAGGUCAUAUGUACCUGACCCCGCAAGGUGCCGGCCGGGAUUCAGCGCUGGGUAGCUGAUCGAUGGUUUCAAAGGGAAGGUGCCAACCGCGGAUGGUCGAGCUCGUACCCGCCCCACCCAGGCUGCAGCAGAGCGGGGAGGAAGCGCGCUUAGGCCGAGUGCAAAAGUUUCCUUUUCUGCUUUUCCGUCAGAGCAGCUACAACUAGCCGAGGGUGGGGAUGCCUGACUUUAGUUGGAAGAGAGCCUGGGAGCCAAAAGGAUUAAAAUAAGCGACUUCCCGAAAAAAAAAAAAAAAUUAAAACAAACAAACAAAAACCUCUACCCACCUCUAGCCAUGGGCAGCAGAGAUCACCUGUUCAAAGUGCUGGUGGUGGGGGACGCCGCCGUGGGCAAGACGUCGCUGGUCCAGCGCUACUCCCAGGACAGCUUCAGCAAGCACUACAAGUCCACCGUGGGAGUGGAUUUUGCUCUGAAGGUUCUCCAGUGGUCAGACUCAGAGAUAGUGCGGCUUCAACUGUGGGAUAUUGCAGGGCAGGAGCGUUUUACCUCUAUGACACGACUAUACUAUCGAGAUGCUUCUGCCUGUGUUGUUAUGUUUGAUGUCACCAAUGCCACCACUUUCAGCAACAGCCAAAGAUGGAAACAGGAUCUGGACAGCAAGCUCACACUGCCCAGUGGGGAACCAGUGCCCUGCCUGCUCUUGGCCAACAAGAGUGAUCUGUCCCCUUGGGCAGUAAGCCGGGACCAGAUUGACCGGUUCAGUAAAGAGAAUGGUUUCACAGGUUGGACAGAAACAUCAGUCAAGGAGAACAAAAAUAUUAAUGAGGCCAUGAGAGUCCUCAUUGAAAAGAUGAUGAACAAUUCCAGAGAAGAUGCAAUGUCUUUGUCCACCCAAGGGAACUACAUCAAUCUCCAAACCAAGCCAUCCUCUGGCUGGACAUGCUGCUAGUUAGUUCUGUUAGCCUCUUUUUGUAUCCAGGUCUCUGAGUCAUUCCAUCACUUCCUGUUGGUUGUCCAGCCAGCAUAAAAAUUCUGUUAAGUAUAUUUGAACCAUCUGUUACCAACUGCCUAGAAAGAAGACCAACUGUGACUUGGGAAUGGUUACCUGGGAUCCAUGUGCAUUUCUGUUGUUCCUGGAUGUUGUCUGUGAUUUAGUGUUUCCUAUGUGACAGUGAGCAUCUCAGUCCUCAACUGUGGGAUGUGUUUACAGGAAGGAUUAAAAAGUAGCACCUG